AUGGACACCUUACCGGUAGAGCUUCUGAGGCUCAUCUACACCCACUGUGAGCCCGAAUCAGUGCGAAGUUUACGAGGAGUCUCCGUGAAGUUGGCAGAUAUUGGUUACGACUACCUGCUGUCGCCGCAAUUCACAUCUGUCAGUUGGCGGAAUGAUAUUGAUCGCCUGCAUUGCAUCGCCCUCCACGAACGCCUGAGAGGAAGCAUCACGUCCAUCUGCAUUUUUCUUGGAGAUCUCAAUUUCUACGAUGCAGGCCAUAGUUUCUGGUACGACCCGUCUCAACACUUCGUGGCGCCUCCAGAAGUCCGCAAUGAGCUGAUGGGAAAUGCCCGCCGAGAGUUUGACAGAAUUGAACAAGGGCGCAUGAAGGUCGGCCCGUUCCAUUUGAGGGCUGACGACCUCAGAGAAGCCUGCUCAGCCCUGCCGAAUCUCAAAGACUUGGAAGUCUCUUUCACACGAUGCCCGCUCAAGAACCAGAUCUUGCAGGACGUCUUCGACUGGCCCAACUGCCGCCGGAAACUCGAACGGCCUGAGACGUACAGUAACCUGGAUGCCAUCAUAUCUGCCUUGCAUGGCAUCCGCUUGAAUUCAUUCAAAGUCGAUCGGCUUCCACUCGAGGUGUUCCGGUUACCGGGUCACCGUACGCAUUGGUUCACACAUGCCCAAUCGUUCGAUAGCUUGUCGACGCUCGACCUAACCCUGGAUCCAUCCGGUCUUCAGGGGCCUAGCUCCUCUUUCAAGGCCGUGAAUGGACUUGGCCGUAUGUUGCAGCUUGCCACACAGUUGCGCAAACUGAAGCUCGCGUUUCACCCCUAUACGAGCGAACAUUCCAAGUUCGCACUUUCUUUUCGAGAACUACUCUUUGGGUUCACCUACAAGCAACUGACCGACUUGGCAUUGGAAGGUGUAUCUUGUGACGAAGAUGACCUCAAGGAAUUUCUUGGGCGACACGGCGAUACGCUGCUUCGACUGCGCCUUGGAGGUCGUGGAUUAGCGAAGCCAUUCGAAGUAUCACUAGGUGGAGUUCAUCUCUGGGAAGGUACAUUCAAGUCUCUCUUCAGGGGCCUUCGUGUCAAAUUGCCAAAAUUGGAGCGACUGCACCUCGAGGGCAUCUUUGAGUGCGAACAUCAGGACCUGCCGUCGCAUGAGGCCUACAACUUCUACCCCCUGACCAACGAUGAUUGGGAAGAUGUUCCUCGUCCUCGAUGGGUCCGAACCUCUCGCAAGACUAUCAACUGCCUCCCCUUUGAGCAAUACGUUCUGUGUGGCGGGGUCUACCCCGGAAACUCUUUGAUCCAACAGAACUACUGA